AUGCGGAACUCGCCAUGCACAGUCUGCGGUUCAACAAGAGGAACGUCACUCUUCUAUGGUGGUUUGGUCUGCUGCGGCUGCAAAGUUUUCUUCUUGCGUAGUGUGACGGGGAAGGCUCGUUAUCGAUGCAGCAACGAAGGCACCUGCCGUGAAAAAGCUUCAGCGGAUGCCCCGUCGUGGCUAAAAUGUCGGGCAUGCCGUUAUCGGAGUUGUUUGGAGGCGAACAUGCGACCAGCUGCCGUUGGCGUAGUGAGGGGACAACGGGCGGCUCGAGCCCACGCAGGAAAUGAAGAUGAGGCCCAGAGAUGUUCUAAAUCGCCGGGUUCCCCAGAUGAUGCAAAAAUUCCAAAGUCGGCUCGCAUCCAGGCUCCUACGGCUCUUGGCUUCAGCCUGUUUCCAUACGACGGUGUGGACGAGUUUCCCAUCAGUACCGCAUGGGAUGGCUUAGGAUCAAUGCUUUCCCGUCUUCGAAUGCUUGAGCGGUACUGCGACGUAUCUGAUUCACCAACGGGCCCCUCAAAAUAUGUCAAUCUGGAUGUCCCACUGGAAGUAGCAAUGAAGAACCCGCUGGCCUUAUGUCAGCGUACCCCAGCCGCAUUCACGAGUCGUACAGAAGUAAUGCCAUCGAUAUUAAAGUCAUUUCGAGCCCUUUUUGCGCGUUAUGCGCUUCACUACCUUGACUGGGUGGCGGGCCUAGCGGAAAUUCGUUGGCUCCCGGAGAAAGAUAAGAUGGGAUUGGUGACUUCGCAGAUGUGUGUGAGCGAGUUGGUGGUGCUGGUGUACCACUCCUGGACGGCGCGAAGUCCGGGUAUUGUAUUUCCCGGCGGUGCCCAUUACUAUGACUCGAAUCGUGUACCCACCAACGAUAUCGACGCAUUUUGCCAAAUCGUGUCUCGGUAUGUGCACCAGGAGGUAUUUCCGGAGUUGAGGACGCUGCAGCUGACCCACGAUGAAUAUAUCCUCCUCAAGGCCGUCGUUUUCUUUACGCCGACGUGUCGACUGUCGGAUGCAGCGUCAACGCAAAUUCGUAAAGCUCGAAGCCGUUACGAACAGGCAUUAAUUGACUGCGUGGCAAAGGGGAAUCCGUUGCUCUGCGAAACGGAUCGACAGCUUCGUGUUUACCGGAUUAUUUCAUUGCAGCGGCAUUUUGUUUUCCUCGCCAUGCAAGAUAAUCUGUUUUUGUCGAGACUGUGCACGCUGAACAUCGGUAAUAUGCAGAGCGCGCUACUUUACGACUUCUACCUCAAGGCAUAC